GAUCACUUGAAAAAAUUUUUCAAUAAGCAAAGUACGAUGGAUAAAACAAAAAUCGGUGGAACUGGUGUUAAAUUACCACCAUUACGCAGUUUAAAUGAUUUUUUAUUAGAAUCUGCACGAUUUCAAAUCCCCAGUGGAGAUCUUGAUAAAUGGGGAAGUCGAAUUGUACAAAAUCUUUUGUAUUAUCAAACCAAUUACAUCUUCCUGUCUUUGAUACUGUUUCUUAUUGUUGGACUUUUUCAUCCGGGUAAGAUGCUAGUUGGCAUGGUAGCUAUUGGUACUGUUAUUGCAAUCUUUGCAUAUGUCUCAACCGAAGGACGAGCCAUACACAAUUUCAGAAAACAAAAUCCAAUUGCUGGAAUAAUUGUUAUCAUUCUGGGUGGUUGUUUUGUUACAUACACCCUAGGUUCUCUUCUUAUCUGUCUCGUUGCUAUUUUACUUCCUUUUUGUGUUAUAUUCAUCCACGCAUCACUGAGAUUAAGAAAUCUACAAAACAAAAUUGCUAAUAAAAUAGAAGGUAUAGGAUUGAGACGAACGCCGAUGGGAAUUUUUUUGGAACAACUUGAUGAUGUGGCCAGCAUUAAAUUAAAAGCUCAAUCGAGUUAUACUGUAAAAGCUACUACUACUAAGUGAAACUGCUUCAAAGGCAUAAUGUCAUAAUAAAAAAAAAAAAAAUAACGAAAGAAAUUCUAGUCUUCAUCAAACAAAUCUUCAAUAUUUGUUCAUAUCAAAUUACUAAUGAUUGUUAUAUUUAUGAAUAUUCAAAAUUAAUUUAUUAAGUUGUACAGAUAAACAUUGGUUGAAUAAUAGAUUGAAAAUAUACUCUAUACUGGAAAUAAUUAUAUUUCAUUUAUAUAAAUAUCUGGUUUAUAAUUAAAUU